GACGAACUCGAAGACACCGUGUGGGUCACGGUGAAAUUCGGCUCGGAAAACCCCUCCACUGAUGACUGGAUCGCUGUCUUCUCCCCAGCCGAUUUCAUCUCGGGCGCGUGCCCUAACCCAUCGAGGUACCCCGGCGAGCCUCUUCUCUGCACGGCACCUAUCAAGUAUCAGUACGCCAACUACUCGGCGAACUACCUGGACUGGGGCAAGGGCACCAUCUGGUUCCAGCUCAUCAACCAGCGCUCCGACUUCUCCUUCGCCCUUUUCUCCGGCGGCCUCGAAAACCCGACGCUGGUGGCAGUGUCGAAGCAGGUGGCGUUCAAAAACCCCAAGGCGCCGGUGUUCCCGCGGCUGGCGCAGGGCAAGACCCACGACGAGAUGACCGUGACCUGGACCAGCGGCUACGACAUCAGUGAGGCCUACCCGUUUGUGGAAUGGGGCGUGGUCACCUCCGGCAGCGGCAACCCCACGCAAACGCCUGCCGGGACGCUAACCUUCAACCGGGGCAGCAUGUGCGGCGAGCCAGCGCGGACGGUUGGGUGGAGAGACCCCGGGUUCAUCCACACAGCAUUCAUGAGGGACCUGUGGCCGAACAAAGAGUACUUCUACAAGAUUGGGCAUGAGCUCUUGAACGGAACCGUCGUGUGGGGCAAGUCUUACACUUUCAAAGCACCACCAACUCCAGGGCAGAACUCGCUGCAGCGCAUCAUCGUCUUCGGCGACAUGGGAAAGGCUGAGAGGGAUGGAUCGAAUGAAUUCUCCAACUACCAGCCAGGGUCGCUGAACACGACGGACACACUGAUCGAAGAUCUGGACAACUACGACAUUGUCUUCCACAUCGGCGACAUGCCCUACGCGAAUGGGUACCUCUCCCAGUGGGACCAGUUCACUGCUCAGGUUGCGCCCAUCAGCGCCAAGAAGCCAUACAUGAUUGCAAGCGGCAACCACGAGAGGGACUGGCCCAACACCGGCGGAUUCUUCGACGUCAAGGACUCUGGCGGCGAGUGCGGUGUGCCGGCCGAAACAAUGUACUACUACCCAGCAGAGAACAGAGCAAACUUCUGGUACAAGGUGGACUACGGGCUGUUCCGGUUCUGCGUGGCGGACUCGGAGCACGACUGGCGGGAGGGGACGCCGCAGUACAAGUUCAUCGAGGAGUGCCUGUCCACGGUGGACCGGAAGCACCAGCCGUGGCUCAUCUUCACGGCGCACCGGGUGUUGGGCUACUCCUCCAACUCAUGGUACGCGGACCAGGGCUCUUUCGAGGAGCCAGAGGGGCGGGAGAGCCUGCAGAAGCUGUGGCAGCGGUACCGCGUCGACAUAGCCUACUUCGGCCACGUCCACAACUACGAGCGCACCUGCCCGCUCUACCAGAGCCAGUGCGUCAACAACGAGCAGAGCCACUACUCGGGCACCAUGAACGGGACCAUCUUCGUCGUGGCGGGGGGCGGCGGCAGCCACCUCUCCGACUACACCACGGCGAUCCCCAAGUGGAGCGUGUUCAGGGACCAGGACUACGGGUUCACCAAGCUCACCGCAUUCAACCACUCGUCCCUGCUGUUCGAGUACAAGAAGAGCAGCGACGGCAAGGUUUACGACUCGUUCACAAUCCACAGGGAUUACCGUGAUGUGCUCAGCUGCGUCCAUGACAGCUGUUUCCCCACCACCCUCGCCACCUGACGAUCGAGUCGGUCGUCGACUAGGCUAUUGGGAAGCUGGCCAGCAGCUAAGAAAGUCGUUCCUGUAUUUAUUUUUUCUGCAAUGCGCUAAUAAAGAUAAGAGCACGUUUUUUUUCCCGAGGGAGU